AUGGCAGACACGAAAAAAAAAAUGCAGAUCCAGAUCACCAGGAGACGAUCAUACAGAGAACUAUCGCAGUUGCGACUGAUGGUGCACUAUCUAUGGCUGCUCGUCAUCGUGGUUAAAGUGACAACUUCAGCAUUUAGUAGCAAAGAAUAAUACAAUACAGAAUACAAUACAGAAUACAAUACAGAAUACAAUACAGAAUACAAUACAGAAUACAAUACAGAAUACAAUACAGAAUACAAUACAGAAUACAAUACAGAAUGCAAUACAGAAUACAAUACAGAAUACAAUACAGAGUACAAUACAGAAUACAAUACAGAAUACAAUACAGUAUACAAUACAGAAUACAAUACAGAAUACAAUACAGAAUACAAUACAGAAUACAAUACAGAAUACAAUACAGAAUACAAUACAGAAUACAAUACAGAAUACAAUACAGAAUACAAUACAGAAUACAAUACAGAAUACAAUACAGAAUACAAUACAGAAUACAAUACAGAAUACAAUACAGAAUACAAUACAGAAUACAAUACAGAAUACAAUACAGAAUACAAUACAGAAUACAAUACAGAAUACAAUACAGAAUACAAUACAGAAUACAAUACAGAAUACAAUACAGAAUACAAUACAGAAUACAAUACAGAAUACAAUACAGAAUACAAUACAGAAUACAAUACAGAAUACAAUACAGAAUACAGUACAGAAUACAAUACAGAAUACAAUACAGAAUACAAUACAGAAUACAAUACAGAAUACAAUACAGAAUACAAUACAGAAUACAAUACAGAAUACAAUACAGAAUACAAUACAGAAUACAAUACAGAAUACAAUACAGAAUACAAUACAGAAUACAAUACAGAAUACAAUACAGAAUACAAUACAGAAUACAAUACAGAAUACAAUACAGAAUACAAUACAGAAUACAAUACAGAAUACAAUACAGAAUACAAUACAGAAUACAAUACAGAAUACAAUACAGAAUACAAUACAGAAUACAAUACAGAAUACAAUACAGAAUACAAUACAGAAUACAAUACAGAAUACAAUACAGAAUACAAUACAGAAUACAAUACAGAAUACAAUACAUAAUACAAUACAGAAUACAAUACAGAAUACAAUACAGAAUACAAUACAGAAUACAAUACAGAAUACAAUACAGAAUACAAUACAGAAUACAAUACAGAAUACAAUACAGAAUACAAUACAGAAUACAAUACAGAAUACAAUACAGAAUACAAUACAGAAUACAAUACAGAAUACAAUACAGAAUACAAUACAUAAUACAAUACAGAAUACAAUACAGAAUACAAUACAGAAUACAAUACAGAAUACAAUACAGAAUACAAUACAGAAUACAAUACAGAAUACAAUACAAAAUACAAUACAGAAUACAAUACAAAAUACAAUACAGAAUACAAUACAGAAUACAAUACAGAAUACAAUACAGAAUACAAUACAGAAUACAAUACAGAAUACAAUACAGAAUACAAUACAGAAUACAAUACAGAAUACAAUACAGAAUACAAUACAGAAUACAAUACAGAAUACAAUACAGAAUACAAUACAGAAUACAAUACAGAAUACAAUACAGAAUACAAUACAGAAUACAAUACAGAAUACAAUACAGAAUACAAUACAGAAUACAAUACAGAAUACAAUACAGAAUAGAAUACAAUACAGAAUACAAUACAGAAUACAAUACAGAAUACAAUACAGAAUACAAUACAGAAUACAAUACAGAAUACAAUACAGAAUACAAUACAGAAUACAAUACAGAAUACAAUACAGAAUACAAUACAGAAUACAAUACCGAAUACAAUACAGAAUACAACACAGAAUACAAUACAGAAUACAAUACAGAAUACAAUACAGAAUACAAUACAGAAUACAAUACAGAAUACAAUACAGAAUACAAUACAGAAUACAAUACAGAAUACAAUACAGAAUACAAUACAGAAUACAAUACAGAAUACAAUACAGAAUACAAUACAAAAUACAAUACAGAAUACAAUACAGAAUACAAUACAGAGUACAAUACAGAAGACAAUACAGAAGACAAUACAGAAUACAAUACAAAAUAA